AGUUUCCUAACGCCCUUAACAACCUACUCCGAUAUAAUCCAGCUGCUACGACAGCUCACACUCACACUCACAUUCACGCACUGUACACAGCUAACUGUGGCAGCUUCAGCUAACUAGAAACCGUCGUUACGAGAAACAUGGCUCUGAUGAAGAAGCUCAAACUCCCCGCCCUUCUCCUCGGCGCCUGCUUCGCCGUCGUCGGGCUCCUCGUGAUCGCCGCACCUGUGCUCGCCGGCGACCCCGACAUGCUCCAAGACAUCUGCGUCGCCGACUACAAAUCCCUCAAGGGCCCGCUGCGUGUGAACGGGUUCCCGUGCAAGCCGGAGGCGAACGUGACGGCGGACGACUUCUUCUUCGGCGGCCUAGCGGCGGCGGCGGACGUGUACACGGGCAACCCGACGGGGUCGGCGGUCACGUCGGCGGACGCGACGGCGGUCCCGGGGCUCAACACGCUGGGCGUGUCGAUGGCGCGCACCGACUACGCGCCGUGGGGCGGCGUGUCCCCGCCGCACGCGCACCCGCGCGCCACGGAGAUCCUCUUCGUCGCCGAGGGCACCCUGGAGGUGGGCUUCGUCACCGCGGCCGCCGCCGGCGGCCGGCUCUUCAGCCGCACCGUCAACAGGGGCGAGGUGUUCGUCUUCCCGCGCGGCCUCCUCCACUUCCAGCGCAGCGUCGGCGCCGCGCCCGCCGUCGCGAUCUCCGCGUUCGACAGCCAGAUGCCUGGCACGCAGGCGGCCGCCGCCGCGCUGUUUGGCGCCGCGCCGCCGGUGCCCACCGACGUGCUGGCGCGGGCGUUCCAGACCGACGCCGGAGUUGUGGACAGCAUCAAGUCCAAGGUCUCCCCGCCCAAGUAGGGCACACGCACAGUGGCUAGUACAUACGUACAUGGCUCCAAUUAAUACUGAUUGCAACGAGUGAUGAUGAUUACAUUGUUGCAAGGACAUGUACGUGUGAUUACAAUUACAUUACCCGACGCGCUAAAUCUGAUGACGCCUUGCUGCUUUCCCUUUAUUUGGUGUAUGGUGUGCUUGGACACAGCUUGUGGGUACUCCAUAAUAUUAUAAUGUGUAUGUAACUCCCUUCUAUUUGUAAAUCAAACGAAACCUUUGAUUUGUCUUCAAUUGGAUGUGGGGUUGCAAUUCACAACCUCAACUUGUAUCCUA